AUGCAUUGGAAGCAUGACUUUUGGAGGAUUGCUAGCCAACUCUGCCUCAGGCCCAUUCUCUACCCUAUAGAUAUUGAUGAGUGCCUUCACAUGUGCCCUUCCAAUGCAACAUGCACCAACACUCCUGGGAGCUACUUUUGCACCUGCUCUCCUGGCUUUGUACCAAGCAAUGGACAGCCGAGCUUCACAGACCAAGAAGUCGAAUGUAGAGAUAUUGACGAGUGUUCCCAAGAUCCAUCACCAUGUGGCCCCAAUUCUGUCUGCACCAAUGCCCUGGGCUCCUACAGCUGUAGCUGCACUGGGGGCUUUCAACCCAAUCCAGAAGGCUCCUUGAACUUCAGCUGCAAAAAGACUCCCUUCAAGUGUAAAGAAGAUGUGAUACCCAACAAUGAGCAGGUCCAGCUCUGCAAAGUGGGAGGAGCAGUGGAGCCUGAACAUGGUUCCUUCUGCACACUAAUGAACGCCACCUUAAGUGUUCUGGACAAUGCCUGUGGAAACAGAACUGCCGUGGUUUCUCUGAAGAGUGCAGUUGAGAGCUUUGCCUCUGUGCUUGAACAAACAUCCACAUCCUCCAACUUCACCAAAGAAGAGACCUCCGCACUGGCCACUGUGGUCCUGGAGAGUGUGAAAAGCACCACCCUGGCAGCCUUCCUGAAACCGUCAGCAAAUGUCAGUCAGACUGUCCAGACUGAACAUUUAGAAAUUGAAAGCAAAAUUAUCAAGGAAGAAUGCACUGAAGAGAAUGUGACCUUUCACCUGAGAGCCAAAGGGGACAAGAUGGAGAUUGGGUGCUCCACCAUCAAAGAAUCUGAAUCCACAGGGACCACUGGGGUGGCUUUUGUCUCCUUUUCGGGGAUGGAGUCUCUUUUAGAUGAGAGCUUCUUCCAAGACCCUGAGACCCCUUUGGCCAACUCCCAGAGGAAGUUGAAGGUGAAGAUGAAUUCUCGCGUGGUACAGGGCACCAUGACUGGAGAGAAGAAAGAUGGCUUCUCUGACCCAAUCAUUUACAUGCUGGAGCACAUUGAGCCAAAGCAGGAAUUUGAGAGGCCUAUCUGCGUUUCCUGGGACACCGAUGUGGAGGGUGGUAGGUGGACGCCCUCUGGCUGUGUGGUCCUUGAAGCUUCUGAGACGCAUACUGUCUGCAGCUGUAAUCAAAUGGUGAACCUGGCCAUCAUCAUGGCUUCUGGGGAGCUCACGAUGGAGUUCUCCCUGUACAUCAUUAGCCAUGUGGGCAUGAUCAUCUCCCUGAUGUGUCUCAUCUUGGCCAUCGCCACCUUCCUGCUGUGUCGUGCCAUUCGCAACCAAAACACAUACCUCCACCUGCACCUCUGCAUCUGCCUCUUCUUGGCCAAGACUCUCUUCAUCAUCGGUGUAGACAAGACUGACAACCAGUUGGGCUGCGCCAUCAUUGCAGGCUUCCUGCACUACCUUUUUCUCGCCUGCUUCUUCUGGAUGCUGGUAGAGGCUGUGAUGCUCUUCCUUAUGGUCAGGAACCUGAAAGUGGUGAAUUACUUCAGCUCUCACAACAUCAAGAUAUGGUACCUCUGUGCCUUUGGCUACGGGCUCCCAGUGCUGGUGGUGGCUGUCUCUGCCAGUGUGCAGCCACAAGGUUAUGGGAUGCAUAAUCGCUGCUGGCUGAAUACAGAGACAGGGUUCAUCUGGAGUUUCCUGGGGCCAGUCUGCGCCAUCAUCAUGAUCAAUUCCAUCCUCCUGACUUGGACGUUGUGUGUCCUGAGGCAGAAGCUUUCCAGCGUCAAUGCUGAAGUCUCAACGCUCAAAGACACCAGGUUACUGACAUUCAAGGCCUUUGCCCAGCUCUUCAUCUUGGGGUGCUCCUGGGUGUUGGGCAUUUUCCAGAUUGGACCCAUGGCUAAUAUCAUGGCCUACCUGUUCACUAUCAUCAACAGCCUGCAGGGGGCCUUCAUCUUCGUCAUUCACUGUCUGCUCAACCGCCAGGUACGGGAAGAAUACAGGGGAUGGAUUACCAGGAAGAUCAAACCCAGUUCCGAGUCCCAGACUUCAGGGAUGUUACUGUCCUCUGUCCCCUCCACUUAUAAAACGAGUUAAAGCUCUUUCUUACUUUCAAAUAUACUAUGAAGCAACAUUUGAGGAAAGCAGGUACCUGCAGGAGCCUACUCUGAAAUCUCUUCACAGCUUGAUGCACAGGUGCAGGAUCCUGCUAGCCCCAGAACUCUCUGGAAAACAAGAAUUUCUGUUCAAGAUGAUAAGUUCAUCUUCCGUGUUCUGCUCUUUGAGUUUCUAGACUUUUGUGGAAGUAAUAGAUCCCAGCAUGAACAAGGUUACCUGGCUACCAUUUUGGUUUCUCCUAAGUUCAUUGGUGCACGGCAGCAAGCGUUCCUCUCCAGCACUAUCCUGCGCGUGACACAGAGCAGCCCUUAAUAAAUGAUUUGUCAUAUGA